AUGGAGGAGCAGCAGGCACUGGUGGCUGCCAAGGGAGGGGAUGUGGCCACCUUGGAGCUGUUGCUGGAGGCCGGCAAGCUGAGCCCUGGCAUUGCUGACAAUCUGGGGGCCGGGCUUGUGCACCACGCUGCCCGCGCUGGCCACCUGGACUGCGUCCGGUUCCUGGUGCAGCAGGCCAAGCUGCCCGGCAACCAGCAGGCCCAGAACGGGGCCACCCCAGCACAUGAUGCUGCGGCCACUGGCCACCUGGCGGAGCUGCGCUGGCUGGUCCUCAAUGGAGGCUGUGGGUUGCAGGACCGAGAUGCCUCGGGUGUCUCCCCAUUGCACCUGGCUGCCCGCUUCGGACACCCUGCACUCGUGGAGUGGCUGCUGCAGGAGGGCCACAUGGCCACGCUGGAGACACUGGAGGGUGCCCUGCCACUGCACCAUGCAGCCGUCAGUGGGGACCUCACCUGCUUGAAGCUCCUGGCUGCUGCCCACAGCAGUGGUGUGAACCGGCGGACCCGCAGCGGUGCCUCCCCACUCUACCUGGCUUGCCAGGAGGGACACCUGCACCUGGCCCAGUUCCUGGUGAAGGACUGCGGUGCCGACGUGCACCUGCGUGCCCUGGACGGCAUGAGCGCGCUGCACGCAGCUGCCGCCCGCGGCCACUACUCCCUGGUCGUCUGGCUGGUCACUUUCACAGACAUAGGCCUGACAGCGAGGGACAACGAGGGUGCCACAGCCCUGCACUUCGCAGCCCGUGGUGGCCACACACCCAUCCUGGACCGGCUGCUGCUCCUGGGUGCCCCGGUGACCAGGGACUCCUGGGGCGGGACCCCGCUGCACGAUGCGGCUGAGAACGGGCACUUGGAGUGCUGCCAGACCCUGCUGUCCCACCGCGUGGACCCCUCCCUGAGGGAUGAAGAUGGGUACACAGCGGCAGACCUGGCAGAGUACCACGGGCACCAGGACUGCGCCCGGCACCUGCGGGAGAUGGCGCGGCCGGUGCCCAUCCUGAUGACACCCCCACCUCCGCCCUUCCCGCCCCCACCACUGUCGGCUGCGAAGCUCUCCCUGCAGGACGGUGGAAGAGGAGGCCUUGGGCACAGGAGCCCCACACGUGAGUGGCCCGGCCAGCCCAGCCUGAGGGAACCAGUGGCCUGCACUGCACCCCCGAACGCCACUGCCUGGUCUCUGCCCACACAGGGGACAGAGAUGGCUCUGGGGGACGCCUCUGAUAGCCUGGCUGCACUGUGGCUGGAGGGGCUGCCCUCAGGGGACCUGGACGGGCUGGUGCCCACGCGUGAUGAGCAGGGCCGACCUAUCCCCGAGUGGAAGAGGCAGGUGAUGGUACGACAGCUGCAGGCCCGCCUGGGCGAGGAGGAUGGUGCUGCGGAGGCCCAGGACAGUGGCAGCUGUGGGAGUGUGGCCCCUGCAGAGCCAGCGCCCUGGCGGUACUCGCAGGCUCACCAGGCCAUCCUGGGCCCCUUCGGGGAGCUGCUGACAGAGGAUGACCUGGUAUAUCUGGAGAAGCAGAUCGCAGACUUGCAGCUGAGGCGCCGCUGCCAGGAGUACGAGAGCCAGCUGGGCAGGCUGGCAGCAGAGCUGCAGGCGCUGCUCCCGGAGCCGCUGGUCAGCAUCACCGUCAACAGCCACUUCUUGCCCCGGGCCCCUGGGCCGGAGGACCAAGGGAGCCUGGCACCGGCAGCUGAGCCCGAGGCCCCUGUGGAAACCCCACCGGCUGAGCCAGGUGGGCACGCACUACCCUUCUGGUGCGGCCACAUCGGCCGCCUGGUGCGCAGCCUAUCGCUGCUGCUGAAGGGCGUGAACGGGCUGGCGCAGGGGGAGGAGCCCGCGGUGGCCCCCGCCCCACAGGACACUCGCAGGGAGGCCCCCGCCGGCCCCGCCCGCAGUGAAGCCCAGCGCGAGAUACAGAGCUGGGGCGUUUCCGUGCGGACGCUGCGUGGCAACUUUGAGUCGGUCCCUGCCCCCAGCCUUCUCUGUGCCCCCAGCCAGGGCCUCUGUGAGCCUGGCGCCCAGCACGCCCCACGCACGGUAGCCUGCUGGCCAGCGGAACCGCAUCCCAGAGGCGGGCCAGCAGGGGGCGAGCCCGGGCCAGGGGACACGGAGGAGGCUAGCGACUCGGGCAUCAGCUGCGAGGAGGCACCCUCGGAGGCGGAGGCGGGUGUGAUGCCCGGGCCAGACCUGGCCAGUUUGCGCAAGGAGCGCAUUGUCACCCUCUUUCUCGGCCACUGGAAGCGCUCCGCCUACACGCCCGCACUCAAGACGGCUGCAUGCAGGACCCUGGAAGCCCGGCGCACCCAGCCACACGGCCCUGAGCCCCCCGCGAGCCCGCGCCCACCCUCCCCACCUCCAGUCCCGGGCCCUCGGCUCGGCCACCUGUGGCAGCAGCGCAGCGCCAUUGCCCACCUGCUGGGCAGCUGGAAAGCCAUCCUGGCACACGUGCCUGCCCGGCAGCUGCGGCGGCUGAGCCGGCGGCCCCGCGGCCCCCUGUCUCCUGAGCAGUUCCUGCCCCACGUGGACGGGGCACCCCUUCCCUACGGCAGCCUCUCGCUGGACCUCUUCAUGCUGGGCUACUUCCAGCUCCUGGAGUGCGACCUGCCGCCGGAGGAGCGCAAGAUGCGGCACUUGCUAUGCUUCGAGGUCUUUGAGCACCUAGGCGCCCAUGGCUGGGAGGCGGUGCGUGCCUUCCACAAGGCCGUGACCGACGAGGUGGCCGCGGGUCGCCGUGCCUGGACCGAUGGCUUCGAGGACAUCAAAGCCCGCUUCUUUGGCUCCAGCCAGGGUCCUGCCUGGGAUACGGAGCCUGGUCGAAAGUCAGGAGUGACCCCUCUUGGGCCCCUGCCGCGUCCUGUUGCUGUCCCCACUGGUGUCCCCUCAGGUGUCCCCGAGCCGGCAGCACAGCGACCAGGUUCGGGCUCGCAGCGGGGCAGCUUCAACAGUGAGGACAUCUGCGGCUACAUCGACCGCAGCUUUGCCUUCUGGAAGGAGAAGGAGGCCGAGAUGUUCCACCUCGGGGAGUGA